AUGAAGCUUUGGGCCUUCAUCCUCCUGCUGUCUCUGGUCGCCUUGGCCUCCGCCUUACCGAGGGAUAGGAAGGAGACGGAGAAGCCCCUCCUGCCCCGCAUCUUCCUGGACCUCACCAAGGGUGAGGUGCCCUACUUUACCGAAGAGGAGAUGGCCUCUGAGCACUACAAGACUGCCAUGGCCGUCGCCUGGAAGGCCGACGGCAAGAUCAACGCCCGGUUCGGCAACAUGCUGGCCGACCGCGUGAGCUCGGCCUACUUCGCUCCCUUCCUGUUCAAGUUCAUCGGCGAGUGCGCCACCAUCCCCGACGCUCUCGCGUGGGAGCUCUCGAUGCCCAAGCAGGAGGGCUCCCUCGUGAGGACCAUUGUGCUCUCGCGCGAGCAGGGCUGGCUGGAGCUGAACCUCGCCACCGGGGAGUCCGUCCCCAGGACCAAAAUCCCCGAGCGGUCCCUCCGCUCCCUCGCCGCCCAGCCCGUGGACGCCGUGGCCGUGGCCGUGGACGCCGUCGCCGUCGCCAUCGCUGCCCAGUAG